GAUCGUUUCGAUUUCGUUUCCCGGAAGGAUCGCUCCGAAGCCUCAGCGGCCGCAGAGCCAGGACGGGACGGACCGGGACCCCCGGGGUGGGAGCGGUUCCCCUCCGCCUCUGGGGAUGCAGGGUAAAUUGGCAGUCAGUUCUUCCAGCCCUGUUGUCGCAGCUUCAUUAGCACCCCUGUCCCAGGCCGGCCAAACACCCAUCAGAGAGGGGGAGAUCUUCAAGCUUCCAGGCAGGCUGAGAAUCCAACCCUCCCUGUGGAGCAAGGAUGAUGUGAUCCACUGGCUAAGAUGGGCUGAGAAAGAGUAUUCCCUUCGACAAAUCGAUGAAAGCAAGUUUGAAAUGAACGGCAAAGCCCUGUGCAUCCUCACCAAGGAUGACUUCAGACACCGAGCUCCGAGCUCAGGUGAUGUGUUAUAUGAAGUACUCCAGUAUGUUAAGACUCAAAGAAGAGCUCUGGUGUGCAGUCCUUUGUCCAGCUCACCCUUUGGGGAAGCCAGGAGCACAGAGGAAGGGGCAGACUGUAGAGCUGAGGUUGUCCCAGCUGCUGUUUUCUCCUCCCUGGAUCGUGCAGAACAGUCUGUGUCCCGCAGCCACGUGGAGCCACUGAACCUCUCUCCCAACGGCUUGGAGGGCAGCUGCGGGGCAGAUGCCAUCUGCUCUUUUCCUACAGCCCAGUCAGCCCCAGUGGAUGGGAAAAUUGCAGACUGCAGGUUGCUGUGGGAUUAUGUGUACCAGCUCCUCUCCGACAGCCGCUAUGAGCCUUACAUCAAGUGGGAAGACAAGGAAGCCAAGGUCUUCCGUGUUGUUAACCCAAGUGGACUUGCCCAGCUCUGGGGGAACCACAAGAACCGGAUGAACAUGACAUAUGAGAAGAUGUCACGAGCGCUCAGACACUAUUACAAACUCAACAUUAUCAAGAAGGAGCCCGGGCAGAAGCUGUUGUUCAGGUUUUUGAAGACUCCUGGGGAGAUCAUCUAUGAGAAAUCCAGCAAACUGGAGCAGCUGGAGAAUGAGGACAGUGAGGAUUUGAAAGAAGACCCACUGGAGGUUUUACCAUAGGAAGUUUGUGAAGGUGGCACUUGCAGUGUGUCACAGACGGAUUUGUGCUCCCCUGGGAGGUGUCAGCGUCUCUGGCAUCUCCUGAGCACAGAUCUGGUCCUGGAUUACAAAACCUGCCCCGAGCCAAAGCUGCAACAUCUCUUCAUCAGCAAAACACACACAAACUGUCCCCCAGCCUGGAAAAUACAGGUGAACGUGUGGGCUACUCUUCUGCUUGCUUCUCUUCUGUCCUCUAGGAGGGAAUGUAGUACUUUUGCUCUGUAAAUGUUGAUGCUUGUCUUUAAAGCUGAAACUCGUUGGUAAAGAGUGCUCCCUCCUUACAGCAAGACACGCUGAGCGGAGAACACCACAGGAUGCGAUCUGGAUUAAGCAUCUACCGAAGUGCUCUUGGAGAACAGGCUGCUCAGAAUCUGAGCCAUUUCCCUGAUUCAAGAUUGGACUUAAUUUGCAGAUACGCUGCCUGUAACCUCACAGCAGCCGGUGAGAUUGCUCCUGUGAUUAAGAGUGCUGAAAUAUCUCCCUGGAUUGGGACUGGCUGGAGCUCCAGGCUGCAUGGAUGCCCAAAGAUGUGUCUCAUUUUAAUUCCUUUCACUCCAUGUCAUGUUUUUUCUAAUUAAGUGGCUAAAUAAUGUGAAAAGGAAUGAAGUCAGUUAUGAAUAUGACCAUACUUAAUGGACAUGUGGUUAUUUGCUUUGAUUCCAAAUUAUAGAAGCAUAGAGUCAUGGAAUGGUUUGUGUCAGAAGGGACCUCAAAGCCCAUCCAGUUCCACCCCCUGCCAUGGGCAGGGACACCUCCCACUGGAUCAGAGGCUCCAAGAACCA